ACAAAAACACUCCCCCUCUGUUCACGUGUGUUCGUGAGUUUUUCAGAUUUUACUCACUUUUAGAUAUUUAAAGCUAAUUAUUUCUUACAGACUGCAGUGGUUGGGACAAUGUUUAAAUUAUUACACGUGCCUGCGUUGCGAACGUCCUCUUGGAAGUGUUUGAAACACGCGUCAAUGUGGAAAGAGCUGGAAAAGAGGAGACUGUGUCACCUUUACUUUGGCUUUCUGUCCGAAGGCUCUGUUUCAGUCCACAGUGUUAAAGCUUUACGGUCUCACAGCAGUGCAGCUUCAUCAAAAGGCUUUGAACGAGAAGAAAAGGCCCAGAUUGUAGCAUCAACUCAGCCUCACACUAAAGCAGCAUCAGAGACGUACUGUUCUGUAGAGCCAGACAGAGAGGAGGAGUUUGCCUUCCUGGAAUUCUCUGAACCCCUGGACCAAGACCAUUUUCUUGAGCAGCUUCGUCUAACAGAGUCCAUGAAGGUGAGGGAGGACAAGGUGCCUAAAGUGACGAGCUCAGAACUGCGACAGAAGGCACUGGAGCUCCAGCUGAGGGCUUUGAAAGACGUUGUCAGUGAGGAGGUGGACGGAGAACCUUGUAUUGAGUUCCAUGAUGUGGACUUUCCUCUUGAAAAAUCUUCCAGAAAGAAGAAAGCGAAGAAAGAGCAUAAGGUCUACGGGACGCCGGACUCAGACGUGCCCGUCAGUGACACCUGCUGCUCUGGCUGCGGGGCAUUGAUGCACUGCACCGUCCCAGAGGUCCCUGGUUACCUGCCUAGUGAAAAAUUCAAGCAGUUGGUGGAGGAGGACAAACUGAAGAAGGCAGUGUGCCAGCGCUGCUUCUUGCUUGUACACCACCAGAAGGCUCUGAAUGUGACAAUGUCGAAGGAGGAAUACAGGAAAAUUGUCGGCAGGAUCAAGUCUGAGAAGGCUCUGGUGCUGCUGAUCGUGGAUCUUCUUGAUCUUCCGGACUCCAUCAUCCCUGACCUGCCUCAGCUAGUGGGCAAGAACAAGCACAUCGUGAUCUUGGGGAACAAAGUGGAUUUGCUCCCUGGGGAUGCAGAGAAUUACCUGCAACGAAUCAAACGGCAGCUGGCGCAGUAUUGUGCAGAGGCGGGGACCCCCACCUCUGACCACAAGGACAUCCACCUCAUCAGUGCUAAAACAGGAUAUGGCAUAGAGAACCUGAUCACAAGGCUGCAGACGUCCUGGAAGUACAAGGGAGAUGUUUAUUUAGUUGGGACUGCCAAUGCUGGCAAGUCCACCCUGUUUAACACCCUGCUCGAGUCAGAUUACUGCAAGUCCAGAGCGUCGGAUGUGAUCCACAAGGCCACAAUAUCUCCAUGGCCAGGAACAACAUUGAACUUGCUGAAGUUUCCCAUCAUCAAUCCAACACCAUACCGAUUGUCCCGGCGGGCAGAGAGGCUGCGUCUGGCGGCCCAGGAGACUGAGGAGGACCUGAACCCUGAGGAGCUCAAGAGGAUCAAACAGUUAAGCAGGCAGGGAUACCUUGUUGGCCGCAUUGGGAGGACAUUCCGGGUAGAUCAGCCAUCCAGAAAAAACCUUGUGGAGUUUGACCCUGACCGUCUCAGCUUCGGAGAGGACCUUCAGAAGGACAGUUUUGGGAGGCCAGAUCCAGAGCCCAUAGAGGAGGGAGAGUUAUCAUACAAUGAAAUCAAAGAUGCCCACUGGUUCUACGACACCCCAGGCAUUAUGAAGGAGUAUGAUGUUCUCAGCUUGUUGAAUGAACAGGAAGUGAAGAUGGCAGUGCCUACACAAGCCAUCACCCCUAGGACGUUUAUACUGAAGCCCGGAAUGGUGUUAUUUCUGGGAGCAUUGGCACGCAUUGAUUACUUGGAGGGAAAUCACCCGUGCUGGUUCACGGUUGUUGCUUCGUCCCGAAUCCCAGUCCACAUCACCAGUUUGGAUAAAGCUGACGCCAUUUACCAGAAGCAUGCCGGGAACACGCUAUUUGCUGUACCAAUGGGUGGAGAAAAGCGCAUGAAGGAGUUUCCGCCUCUCGUAGCUCAAGACUUUGAGCUCCAGGGCCAAGGACUCAACACAGCAGUGACGGACAUCAAACUCUCAUCAGCAGGUUGGGUUGCCGUGACUGCAUCGCAAGGGGAACGUCUCCUGUUGCGAACUCAUGCCCCUGAGGCAGCUGGACUAUGUCUACGGAACCCGCCGCUGCUACCACACAUUGUAAACGUGAAGGGGGACCGCAUUCGGAAGACUCCUGCUUACAAAACGAAGAAGCCGCAGGCAUUGGGUGACACGUGUUUGCCGGCAAAAGCAGAGAGGAAAAGAAAAUGAUGCUCACCUCCUGAAAGUUGAUAGACUCUCAUAAAGACUUCAACAAAACAUAGUGAGCACAGAAAAACAACAGACUUUCUGUGUAAGUUAUAUAAAUCUUUGGCUCAUAAAAGAACGGAAUGAUGAAUGUUGAAAGGAUGCUGAUUAUCUGUGUUUUCACUCAUUAAUAGUCCAUAAACUGGAUAUAUUUAUGUAAUUUUAUGUACAUGUAAACAUGUACUGUAAAAUAUUUCUAUGGGUUGUUUAAACAUGUAGAUUCAA